AUGAGAAGUGGUCGUCGGAAGCGGAAGGAGAUAUCCGCUGGAAUGGAAACAAUGGAUGCAUCUUCGCAGACACAUCAGUUGAGGGUCCGUGGAGUUCCCAAGCGCGAUGUCAUGAGGAUGAAAAUCGUGGAUGAUAUCCUUCACCAUCGCCUUCACCUUCACCACCACUACAAGGUCCUUCUGAUCAUGGAGGAGAAAAUAGAAGCAAUGAAGUACUUGAUCAAGUGGAAGGUGGUAAUCGAUAUCGACCGAUUCCUCGAUGAACUCGUCAAGAAGAAGCUGAUUCUUCCGGUGAAGGCAAGUGAGCUCAGAUCGAAGAAAUACCACAAACAAAUGGAUUGCAUCUUCUCCGAGCUUGGCACGAGGAACCCAGAGAAGACGUACGGUCGUCUGCUCUCGAUUUUGGACAAAAUGGAGAGACGGGACAUCGCAGCGGCGCUUUCCGCCCAGAGAGGCUCCAGGCAGCGAGCACCGAUGGUGUACCUAGGGGCCGGACCCGAUGGGAUGAAGAUGAUUCGAAAGUCUCGAUGGCGGAAUGUGCGACUUUCUCUCGUCCGGUGGAUGCAGAUUCGACACAGGGAUUCGAUGGAUAGUGUUUUGAGCAUCCCGUUCCGUCCUACCAUCUCGAUCGACCUUCCCAGUGAAACAUCCCAUGCCAUCUCUGGAGGAUCGAGCAAUGGAGACCGAGGGGAUAUCUCCCAUGCAUUAGAACAGGUGGAGAAUGAGAAGAAGGCGCUGGAAGCACAGAUAGACGAAAUUUCAAAGGUAUUGGCAAUGGAAAAGGGACUGCAAGCAAAGCAUAUGAUCAGAAUAGGCAACCUUGAGAAACAAAUCGAGAAGGAGAAGUCCAUGCGUGAAGAGAAGGAGCAAGAGGAGCACAUCCUCCUGGAUGAGCUCAACAAAGCUAGACUGGAGGUGGAAGAGCUGAAGCAGAAGCUGUCGAAUGCAUUGGACGAGGAAAAGAAGGCGAAGGACCAGCUCGAGAAGUCAGAGCGUAAAGAGGCUGAGAGAGGGAGACGCACGAUGGAUGGACUGCUCAUGGAAAAAGAGGAAAUUCAACCGGAAUUGGACACGUUGAUGAUGGAGCCUUCGGAAAUGAAAGCCUUCCCAUCCCCAAUGCAGGCGAAAGAUGAAGCACCACAAUGGCAACGGGAUAAGAUGCCGAGACGUCAUGUUAUGGAGAACAAAGAUGAUCUCUUUGCCUCUUUGAUCAACAAUGAACUUGUCGCGAUACAUGUCUAUUCGCACGCAAGAGUCACCACGGAAGAAGUGGAGGAAAUGGAAAGAAGAAUUUCUGGGAAAAUGACUCACAUCGUGUUCCUUGAUGCAGAUUUGGAUGCAGAUUGGACAUUACACUACUUCGGAAGUGAGUUGUGGAACGAGAAGUUGAAGUUGAUCGGGAGCGACUAUUGGAUCAUUUUGAAGGCACGAACAAGUGCCGAUUUGGAUGACAUGGAUGAUUUUUUCUCUAGCAUUCCAUCCUUUCGUAUACCCAAUUGGGGUGUCCGAAAGUCGUGCCUCUGCGACCACGUAGUCGAUGUGCUGUGGACUGCUCGAAAUCGUCUUCGGUGCUUCCGCGAGGCCCCCGGCGAAACAUCCCACGAAGAAACUGAAGGUGCCGACCGAGACGAUGCUGUGAUUGCAGUGGCUUUCGAGACUUCUCUGGAUGAUUAG